UAUCAAAAUGACAAUGAGCAAAUUAGAUUUCAUUCCUAUGUUUAGAGUCAAAUAAGUUUUAAGUAUUAAUACAGAAUUAAUACCUGUUUUUUUCCUACAGUAGAAUAUAGUUUGAAAAAUAUUCUACGUGGCAACUCUAAACAAAGACCAGGAGGAUGUUACAGGACUGCAGGAGAACAUUGCUGUCAUCGAAGUUCUGUCACGCCGAUGAUAAACGCGCGCGCUCACGCACGCGCGCUCCAUCCGUUCCAUUAGCUGCGCGGCUCUGCUUCACGUUUUGGCAUUGCCUCCGGUUUUUUUUUUUUUUUUGGUUGCUGUUUGACCGCGCGACUCAGUGAGCUGUAUUGGAGAUGCUGUAUUUUCACACCGCUCGCGGAGAGACACUGAGCUCGUGAUCCUCCCACCUUGAAAAACCAACCCUCGGGUGAGAAAAGGCAUACAAUUUAUCAGCGACUGGGUGGCAGUGCCUCGUGCGGAUCUUAAGAGUUGGACCGUUACUGGCGAAAGAAAGAGAGCAGACCAAACACAAGAAAACAGCGUUCGCUUUCACGAGACCGUAUGUGAAAUGAAAUCAUGGUGUCUCUGCUACUGACAACAGCAGCAGCCGCUCGAGGCUAUUGCCGGCACAGAACAACUAUUGAGAGAGUGACUGAUUGAUUGAUAAUACAACUGCUAUUUGCGGAGAAAGAAAGAGAGGGAGAGAGAAAAAAGAAACCGAUGUAAUUUCAUACAACGCAGCUGGUCCAGUCCCAUAGGACAGCUGUAUGGAUUGUUGUCGCUAUCACGCGUCUUAAGCUGCAAAACCCAGCCAGCGUCUAUUAAAAAAUUCCGUAGGAAUUCAAGACGGCUGUCCGAGGAGCAUCGCUGCAGAGCAACACGGGACUGCCAUGUGCCGAGGAGCGGAAUAGGGACGCAUUGUGGUGUGUUUUCCACCGGGGGCAGGUGGCUUGACUGCGCGCUUGUUGUGGCAGAGAGCUCGGGCGCAACGAACCCGCGAGACAGUUGUCAUAAAAAGGAUGUCACAUUGGCGAACGGGAUCCGGCUGGCAUCGAGACAGGUGCGACGGAGAGAGGGAAUAAUUUACAAAAGACAGGCGGGGGGUGAAACAGCUGGGGGGAGGGGGGAAAAAACACCGCCGUGAACCUCAGAUCCCCCUCCUCCACGUUUAUGAUUUUUUAGUUCAGAAGAAGCAAGGCUUUGACGAGUCGACGGCCGCUCGAGCCCCGUGCACGGGGCGCACCUUUCCGGCGACAAUCACUGCGCUCCCUUCUUCUGUCACCAUGGCGACCCUGGCCCCGCCCUUCGCGCUCCUCCUCGCCCUCCUCCGAUUGGCCGGCGGCGCCUUCCCCGAGGAGCUGGGACCCCUGAGCACCGUGCCCUCAGAAGUGGUCCGGCGGUACCCGGUGUUCGUGGGCCGGGCCCAUCGAUCAUCGCUGAGACAGGAGCCCCUGCACAUCCAGAGCAUCCUCAAGGUGAACCGCACCCUCUACAUCGGAUCCAGAGACGACCUUUUCCGGGUGGAGCUGGACAACGUUGUGGGAGAUGAGAUGUUCUACAGUAAGAAGCGAGCCUGGGAGUCCAAUAAGAACGACAUCAGGAUCUGCCGGAUGAAGGGCAAACAGGAAGAUGAGUGCCGGAACUUUAUGAAGGUGUUGCUAAGUCGCCCGGGGGGCCUAUUUGUCUGUGGCACAAAUGCCUUUAACCCCUUAUGUGCCAACUACACUAGGGACACUCUGGAGAUGGUGGGGGAGACGAUCAGCGGAAUGGCCAGGUGUCCCUACGACCCCAAACAUGCCAACGUCGCCCUGUUUGCAGAUGGGAACCUUUUCACUGCCACGGUGACCGACUUCCUGGCCAUAGACGCGGUGAUCUACCGCAGCCUGGGCGCCCCCCCGGCCCUCCGGACCGUCAAACACGACUCCAAGUGGUUCAGAGAACCGUACUUUGUCAGUGCUGUGGAGUGGGGGCCCCACAUCUACUUCUUCUUCAGAGAGCUGGGGAUGGAGUUCAACUACCUGGAGAAGGCGGUGGUGUCGCGGGUGGCGCGCGUGUGUAAGGACGACGUUGGCGGGUCACAGCGGGUGCUGGAGAAGCAGUGGACCUCCUUCCUGAAGGCGCGGCUCAACUGCUCCAUCCCCGGCGACUCGCACUUCUACUUCAACCAGCUGCACUCCACCAGCCCCAUCCUGCGCUCGCACGGCCGCGACAUCAUCCUGGGGUGUUCUACCCCACCCCACGGUAUCCCCGGUUCGGCGGUGUGUGCCUUCGACAUGCAGCAGCUGGCCCACGUGUUUGACGGGCGGUUCAAGGAGCAGAAGUCCCCGGAGUCCAUCUGGACCCCUGUGCCAGACGAGCUCGUCCCCAAACCCAGGCCGGGUGGCUGUGCGGUACAGGGCUCCAGGUUCAACUCCUCCAAUGUGUUCCCGGAUGAGGUGCUGAAUUUUGUGAAGACACACCCCCUGAUGGAUGAGGCUGUUCCUUCAUUAGGGCAGAGGCCCUGGAUAGUGAAGACCAUGGUCAGGUACCAGCUGAAUAAGAUGGUGGUGGACACAGAGGCGGGACCGUACCGGAACCAGACGGUGCUCUUCCUGGGCUCCACCAAGGGGACCAUCCUCAAGUUCCUCAUGAUCCCCGGGCCCCGCGACCGCUCCGUCGCCGGCGGCAACAUCUUCCUGGAGGAGCUGGACGGCUUCAACCGAGAAAAGUGCGGUGAGGACUCUCCCCAGGCUCGGCAGCUGCUGUCGCUGACCCUGGACCGGCCCGGCCACUCGCUGCUGCUGGCCUUCCCGUCCUGCGUGGUCCGGGUUCCGGUCGCUCGGUGCCAGCUCUUCUCCCGCUGCAUGAAGAACUGCAUCGCGUCGCGGGACCCGGGCACGCGGGGCGGGGGCGCACUGCUCCUCCUGCGGCCGGGAACCAGGCUGCCGUUCGAGCAGGACGUGGAGCACGGGAACACCUCCCACCUCGGCGACUGCGACGGGCUCUUGCAGGAGAGCUUAAUGGAAGAACCCGAGGGGCUGGUGACCAUCAACCUGCUGGUGGUGUCCGCAGUCUCCGCCUUCGCCACCGGGGCGGCGCUGUCGGGCCUGGCCGUCUGCUGGAUCAUGGGCCGCAAGCACCGGCGCCGGUCCCGCGGGGGCGGGGGGCGAGGGGGCGGGCCCGGGGGGCGGCGCAAAGGCGAGAAGGAGCAGGGCAUGCUGGGACAGGGCGGGGCGGGCUCGGUGGCCAGCGUGUCGCGGCACAGCGGGGGAGGCGGAGACAGGCCGCGGUCCCAGGCCGACGCCCUGUUCGACAUGUCCAACGGCUGGACCAAGGCCGGGGACCUGGACCCGGGCCUCCUGCCCACGCCCGAGCAGACCCCCCUGCAGAAGAAGCGCCCCCCUCCGGGCAUGCGCCUCUCCGAAUCGGGCUGGGACCAGAGCCAGACCUUCCUGGGACCCCCGCCUCACUCCUCCUCCUCCUCCUCCAUCUACCUGAGCUCCAAGCUCUUGCAGGGGGGCGGGGUCCGGAGGGAGGAGCCCGGCGACCCCCCACAGCACUACCUGGCCCUGGCGCGGCAGCGGGAGCGGGAGCAGGCGGGACGGGGAGGGGGGGCCCUGCGGAACUCGGCGGGGGAGUACGCCUACCCGGCCACGCCCCAGGACACGCCCGACCGGCGGAGGGUGGUGUCGGCCCCCAGCACCCAGCAGGACUACGGCGAGGCCCUGCGGUGGGCCCACGAGGGCUUCGGAUUCGCCCCGCCGGGACACGCCCACGUCCCGCCCGGCCACGGCCACGGCCACGCCCCAGUCCCACCUGUCCAUCACCACUAUGGCCCCGCCCCCACGGGCCUGACGCGGGCGGGGCUGCAUGGCCCCCGGGGGCUGGGGGACCUGGCCGACCUGGGCCACCUCCUCAGCAAGGCCACCAGCGAGCGGACUCCGACCGGCCAGUGAGGAGGAGGAGGAGGAGGAGGAGGAGGAGGGGGAUGAUGAAGAGGCUUCUCCUUGGACGCAGAAGAGGAUAGCCACGCCACCUCUCCCGCCCACCCCAACUUCUCAUCGACGCCAACCCCAACCCUCCACAUCUCCAAUGGCCAGACUCUCUCUCUCCAUUGGGAGACACUUUCUCUCUUUCUCCAAUGGCCAGACUUCUUCUCUCUCUUUCUCUCUCGCUCUCUCUCUGUUGUAUCGCUUUUUUCGGGGAAAGAACACCGGCAGGAGGAUUAAAAAAAAGGAGACUGGCGGAGAGGAGAGAGAGAAAACAGGAGAGCAGCUUUGCUGGCGAUUGAGAGUCUGGCGGUAAAAUGCCCCCCCGCCUCCCCCCGAACCCGCAGCUCCCGCUCAGAUAACACUGUUCGGCUGGGGGGGGCAUGGGGACGGGACGGUUCUGUUCAUCCCCAGACAGUGCCGACGGUCACGCUCGCCUCCCCGAGGUUUACAAGCGGAUUUAAAAGGAGGACGCAGCUGCGCGUCCCGCCGGCGUGGCGGCUGCUAGCGGGGAUCUUCGGGGGACGUCGAUUCCCCCAGAAUUACAAGCAGGCCGUGCCAGGACAGCGUACCUAACUCCCCAUCCCCGUGGCAAAAGACGGGGGGAAAUAACAGUAAUACAGCGUAACGGCUGCUGUCUCUUAAAGGGAAAAUUCUCUGUGAAAUGCCGCCGCACUUUCUUACAGGAUUAGUUUUUUUGGGGAUUUUUUUUUUUUUUUAGAAAGAAGAAGACUCAUCCUUUGAGCUGUGUGUACUCGCUUCAGUGGGAGAUCUUCCUCUCGGGCAUGAGAAGAGAGAGAGACAGAGGGAGAGAGAGAGAGAGAGAGAGAGAGAGAGAGGACCUCCGGAACACUGGGAGUAUAAGAGGGCUGAACUCGCCACGGUUGUUGUGUCGACAGCGCCCUCUCCUGGACGGCAUCGGUGGAGCGAGCUGAGCGGACAACCUUCGACCGCAGAUGUGCGGGGGAGGGGAGGAAGGGGGGGGCGGUUGGGAUGGGGGCGGGGUUUUUUUGGGCAAGGCACAGCGGGGUUCCAGCGAGGCUACACGGAGACAGGAGGGCGAGAUCUGAGGGUCGGAGAGAAAAUCCCCGCUGAUCUUCCAGAACGUUCCGCAUUGUUGGGUUUCCCUGUGAACUCCGGAACAUUCUGUACCAUGUGUUCCGCACACGGAGACGUUCCAUUCUGACUCACUGGGGAGGGGGGGGGGAGGGGGAACGUGGGUGAACCGAUGCAAUGCGGGUUCGACCCGCGGGCGCCCUGCGCUGUGUGUGUACAGGGGUCUACCAGGAGGGGGCGCCAUGCUGGGGAGGUGGGGGGGGGGUGUGUCCUACUCAGGGCUCUCUGUAUGAAAUGAAGCCUCUGUGUGUACAAUGAGGACCAUGGUGAACUGGACAUUGACAUCUCUGGAAGGGGCAUUUUUAGCAUGGAGGAGUGUGCCCCUCCUGCCACUUUGAAUACAUAGGGGUCACAGGGGACAUGGGGUGGAGGGGGCAGUCCCUCCCAAUUGUCGUAAACACACACACACACACACACACACACACACACACACAAUGUACACACGCAAGAUGCACACUCUCUUUCCCAGGGGUUUUGUCUGAAAGCCAUUCCCCCCAGGAAACGUGGGUAUUGCUUGUGUUUGUGUUUUAUUCCGCUAACUCCCCCCCCCCCCCACCCGCGCAGUAGGGUAGUUUGUUUAUCAGCACCCCCAGCUGCCUGCCCUACACAAAACACACACACACACACACACACACUGGCCCCGCACACUCAUGCAUGCACACAUACACACACACACACACUGGCCCCACACACUCAUGCAUGCACACACACACACUGGCCGUACACACACACACACACAUGCGUGCACACACACAGUCCCGUGCAUACUCUCACACGCAGUAUAAACCCACAUGUGAGGGAUCGCUGCUAAAGCAGCCGUGAGAGGCAGGUGAUGUCACACACCGAAUCGCCCUGAAUGGCCCCAGGGCUCGUUUCCCAAUCGUCAUGGCAACCGUACCUCCAGUACCGCCUCCCUUGGUUCUCACUGCGCAGGCAGAGACAGACACCUGGCUGAACCAAUAAUGGCUUACGGGCUGAGAGGAGAAGAGGCGCUGGAAACAAUCUGAUUGGCUGCCGGGGGCUGGAUUCACCUUUCUGAGGGGAAGUGCACCGGACCCAGCCACUGGCUGCCUGGUGCACCUUCAGGAAGUGGCCUGCAGGGGGAGCUCUUUCACUGGAGUGGUGCAAAGUGGAGGGGAAGACUGCUGACUACAGGAAGGCGAGGUCUGGGGGAAAGAGUUGCCAUUGUGUGUGUGUGUGUGUGUGUGUGUGUGUGUGUGUCUUAAGGUCAAGGUCAAGGUGAACUUUAUUAUCCCACAAGGGGAGAUUCAUGUGGUCAUACACGUCCCGUUUAAAACACAGAGGUACACUGUGCAUACACUAACAAACAUGCACGCACACACACACAGUGUCUAUGCGCGUGCGUGUGUGUGCGUGUGUGCGUUUGUGCACGUUCACGAGCCAGCGUGGCCCCUCCCCCUGUUUUUAAAUUCUGCUUAAAAUUCGGGGGCGACAUAGCUCAGGAGGUAAGAGCAAUUGUCUGGCAGUCGGAGGGUUGCCGGUUCAAACCCCGCCCUGGGCGUGUCGAAGUGUCCUUGAGCAAGACACCUAACCCCUAACCCCUAACUGCUCUGGCGAAUGAGAGGCAUCAAUUGUAAAGCGCUUUGGAUAAAAGCGCUAUAUAAAUGCAGUCCAUUUACCAUUUACCAUGCUUAAAGCAGCCCUCUCUGCUCGGUCUGGUCCCCGCCCCUCACGACCUGUUGAUCCCAGGAGACCCCGCCCCCUUCUCGUGGGACACGCCCCCGCUCCUCCAUGCACACCGCGACCCCACGGUACACCUGAAUAAACCUGGACACCAUGCAGGACCUGAACCAGAAUCUGAGCCAGAACCAGAAGCAAGACCAGAACCUGAGCCAGAACCAGAACCAGAACCAAGACCAGAACCUGAACCGGAACCUGAGCCAGAACCAGGACCAGAAUCUGAACCAGAACCUGGUGGACUCGGCUUACAGCGAGCGGCUUUCCUUUCGCCAUGGAACACACAUUUUUAAGAAGGAGGAACGAAAACGUCUCAUCCUCACACACACACGCACACACACACACACACGUACAGUACGUGCCAAGCUGCUGCGUUUUUACCAUGGAGGCCGUCGUGAGCUCCUGCGACCUGACAUUUAUAAAUAAAUAAAUAAAUAAGUGAAACUAAGGGGCAGACCCAACGAGCAGCAUCUCCAUUUUAAGUGUUUUACUGCUUAUGAUGUGUGGUAAACUCUUGAUGCAGCCAAUGAUGUUUGCUUUCAAAUAAUCUAGCUACAGAAAAAAAAAAUGUUUGCUUUUAUUUUUAUUUUUUUUAAAGAACUGUUUUGCUUUCAUUUUGCUGAAAACCAGCCCUCCCCCCCACUCCCCGCCAUCCCCACCAUCCCAAGCCAAAUUUAAAGUGGUGACAUCACGUACCAUGUUUAGGGAAAGGCAGAGCGAUAGGAUUGUAUCUCAAAAGACCAGAGGUUUUAAGCCCGCUGCCGCAAACUGCCAUAAAACAGUAUAAAGAGAAAAAAAAAUGGCUACAUUCAUUUUUAAAUACUGUAUACUGCAAAUUCAUUUUCUUCACCACCACUGUAUGAUUUUUUUUAAACAUGAGCACAAAUGAAUUUUGCAUUUUGUGAAGCUGUAGACAGUAAUAUUAGGCGGUACUUUUUCAGUGUCUCUUUUUAAAAAAAAAAAAAAAGAAAGAAAAAUUCAGUGGAAAUAUUUUUGUUUGGGGUUUUGGGAUAAUUCCGUGUUUUGAUUUGAUUGGCUCAUCAGUGUGCGAGUGUUGACUGUGCAGCGAAUGAGAUGGUCUCAGUAUUUACCGUCUGGAUGGCUGCAGCCUGCUGUCAUCUCUGUGAAACAGGAAGAGGAUAAUUGCAGGCUUGCCUCCGGGCGCGAAUCCCACUUCUACACAGCGUUGAGUCUCCUGUUGCUUUGGCGACCAGCUGCAGUUGUGUGUGUGUGCGCACGUGUGUACGUGUAUAUGUGUGUCAGUGUCACAAGUGGUGGUCAUCUUGUUGGCCGACUGACUUCCGCACGUGUGCUCUGCAUAAAUCCAUUCCUCCAGGGGACCUUAAGCAUGAGAGAGCUACGUGAUGUGGUCGUUCAGCCCGGCAAGUAUGGAUGCGCGCUUCCGUGCAAUACCGUUUGAGUGUGUUUAUGAAUAAAAACUGUCUGUUAUAUCACUGUACACAAAACUCACAUAUUGGAGUGUCUCUUGCUAUACACUGGCAUGAACACGUGCUGACCUAAAACCUAAAUGCAGGUUCGUGCUAAAUUCAUUGAGCAGUCUCAACCUAAAACGUAUAAAUGGAGUAAGAAAUGAGAAAGGAAUUUAAGAAGUUAAUUACCAGCAAAUAUUGAAAAAAUAAUUCCAGGCAAUUGGUCUAUUCAAACUAUUUGAAUAAGCAGAACUUUUUUGUUCUACAGCGCGAACACACACAUGCACACAACACACGCACACACAUACACCUGACUUGUGAGCAGUGUCCUGUCUUUGGUUGGCACUUGGCCAAAUUGGCAGGCUGGCUAUCAGUUGCUAUGGAGACUCAUCUCUGUCACCUUUUCCCGUUCUAAUAAACCAUAAAAAAACAUAAUGAA